AUGUCCAACAUCAUGAGCAACCGCAACAGCACCCCCGAGGCUGGAAACGCCUCUUCCCUCCGACCGCCUUCCUCGAGGGCCAUCGGCGCCGGGCACCAGCUCCGCGCUUCUGCCGACAUGGCCUCCCUCACCGGCACGCCCCAGUCCAAGCAGAUCCGUCCCAGCUCCGACUUCUACGGCCAGCCGCAACAUGGCCAGGGCCAGGGCCAGGGCGAGCUCGACCCUCAGGACAAGCUCGCUCAGCAGUGGAUCGCCGACAUCGAUCAGUACGAGACCACCUUGGAGGAGAUGGCAGCCGCAACCCUGGACCAGGACUUUAAGGAUGAGCUCAGUGCUAUUGAACAAUGGUUCCGGGUUCUGAGCGAGGCCGAGCGAACUGCCGCUCUGUAUGCCCUGCUGCAGCAGACCACCCAGGUGCAGAUUCGAUUCUUCAUCCAGGUCCUGCAGCAGAUGGGCAAGGGGCACCCGAUGUCAGGGGUUUUGUCACCUGCCAACUUUGACAAAGACCCUCUGUCCAGCCGCCUGAGCGAUGCCAUGGGCAAGCUGAGCGUCGAAUCAAACAGACCUGCUUCUCUCGCCCGUGCGCCCUCCACAAACAAACGCCAGUCUGGCCUCGAUUCAAGCACUAUCAAUGCGAUGUUCCCUGAUGCCGCCGCUGCUAUUGCCACCGAGAAGGCCAAAUACACGCAAUCGACAGGCACUGCCCCUCCCUCGAAUCGAAACAGCACUGUUGACCGAAGCUCUCUUGUCGCACCCACAAUCUCGGCGCCUGAUGACCCUAAUGGUCAGAGCCCGUCUCCAUGGGGCCAGGACCAGAGGCCGAAGUCAUCCACUGGGCAGACGCCUAUGGGUCAGUUCGUCCAGCCUCCUCCGUCUGCUGGACUUCGUUCUCCUCGACCACAGAUCUCAGGCAACCAGCAAAUCAAGAGCCAGACUAUCACUACAGGUGGCGACAAAUCGGUCAACGAUCUCCCUCUACUUUCGCCGUACGGUGCCGGUGGUGGAAACUGGGCCUCCAUGGUGAAUACUCCCAUGGUUGCCAACUUCAACCCACAGCAGCAGGGCAACAACCAGGCGGACAUGGUGGCCAAUGCUACGGCGAUGAAGCUCGCUGCGCUCUCUACGGUCAACAACCGCUUUGCGCUCGACGACGUACGGAAGUACCGCCGAGCUCGAUCCAAUGAUGCGCCAGGUGCCCCGCUUUCGCCUCUCCCACCGGGGAUGGGCGUGCCUGGCCAAUUGAACAUUGUUAUGAGCAAUGAGCGCGGACAAGUCCUGACGCCGGAGCAAAUGAUGGCCAUUCAGCAGCACCAGCAGCAGCUGGCUGGCGGCGACAGGUCGCGGCCCAACUCUCCCGGCAUUGCGAUGCAAGGCGGGUUUCAGCCAAUGGGCAAUUUCGCAUCUCCUCAAGCCAAUGGUUUCCUAAACCCGUACAGCAGUGCAUCUCCUCUGCUCAACAACGGCAUGGGCUCCUUGAACAUUGGGGGGAUGGGAAUGGGAGGACACCACGAGGGCUACCUGUCCGACCAUUCUGAUAUGAACCGGGGCCGUUCUCCGCGUGGUCGCAGGGGGACUAGCAAGCCUCCUGAGGACCCGACCGAUCCGACCCUGCUGCAAGACAUUCCAGCUUGGCUGCGCAGCCUCCGUCUGCACAAGUAUACUGAUAACUUGAAGGACCUGAAGUGGACCGAGCUUGUUGAGCUGGACGAUGCACAGCUCGAGGCUCGCGGUGUCAAUGCUCUUGGUGCGAGGAGGAAGAUGCUCAAGGUGUUCGAACAAGUCAAGGAAGCCAAGGUUACGGGCAAGCUUCCAUAA